UUUUUUAAACUUCUUCUUUUGUACAUUCAAAUUUGAUAGCAUAUGAGGCAUGAUUAAUUUCGACCAAUCAGGAGCAAGAUGAGAUUUAACGGACCAAUGAUAUACGUGAGAGAUUAGUUGCAAAAUGUCGCUUAUGGCGGAUACUCGAAAGCAGAUUCAAUAGAAGUUUCUUAUCAUAGUUGUGUCGAUGUUUUAAGGUUGUUCUAGUUAUUUUAAAUCGAUUGAAAGUACACAGUAAAUAUUCAACUCCGCAGUAAAAUUUUCAAUUCCGCAGUACUCAAUACAGUUGAUGCAACGGCGUUUUUGAAUUAGUUUGAAAAUAAACGUUGAAGGCUAAUAAUGGUUGGUGGGCGUCUCCGUGAAAGGCAGUAUCAGUUGGCAGCGGAGAAACGCAAUGAGGCGUAUCUGAGGCAUAAUUAUUACCAGCAGACAGCGAGAUAUUUUGAAAGAGAGAGCAGAAUAGCUAAGCAUUACGACUCUUGGAACGUGAAACUUGCCGAUCCUAAGGGUAAGCUUGAGACAGAAGCUAGAAAGAAAACAAAGAUCGAUCAACUCCUAGAAAGGAGAAACAAAUUGAGAAAACUUUUGAAGGAAGACGAAGAGAUCUAUCAAAGGGAAUUGAACGAAUUAAAUAGACAACAAAUCCAAUCAAAAGUCGAUCAUUUGUCAUUGGAAGAACUGAAAAAGAAAUUGAAAGAAAAACGCAUGGAACAGGAUCUUUAUUUGCCUAUUACAUGUCGAAGAUUGCGUUCAUAUUUUCUCGAUCCUAAACCAAUUUCAAGUAUUAUUUCGAAACUUAAUUAUAGUCAAAGUACUACUAGUAACAAUAGUAGUAGUAACAAUAGUAAUAAUAAUAAUAAUAAUAAUAAUAGUAACAAUAAUGAUUGUACGGAACGUGUAUAUUUAAAGGAUACGACUAAUUUACCUAAAACUAGCCAAGAAAUAACUCGUAGCAAUUCUUCUAUUUGUGUCAAGGGUGGUGGUAUGUCCAAUUGGAACCAUCAGAAGGAUCAAUGCGAUAAUAAAAUUGAAUUUAGAGCACGCAAUCAAAAGUAUUCGGCACGCUAUGCACGUAGAAGUUUGGAAAAUACAAAUGUCAGACCUGGCCAUGAUUUUUCCGAUUGUUUCUCGCAUCGUUUACAGGAACAACCAAUGAUGACGACGAGAACUACUACGACAACUACUACGAUGGAAAGGACAAUGCAGAACAGCAACGUGGUGGACGACAACAAUUCUAAGAGCGACGAUGUCGUUGACGAUGUUUCGACCGAUGUUACGACCGAUGUUACGACCGAUGUUACGACCGAAGUCAAUGAUCAACAGGAGUCUACGAUUAUUCCUGUUGAGGUUCUUUCUGAAAAGGAUUUAAGCUUAAACAGGACCGAUCAAGAAAAAACAGCUGGUAAUCUCCAACGCGAUAACAAAGGCAUAACAGAUCAUCACGAUUUUGAAAGAGAAAUGAAUUAUCCUUGGAGCAGAAUGGAUCCUCGCGAUAAAAAUCUGUCAGAAAAGAUGUAUCUCUUUUUGUCUUACAAAGAUCUUUUAUCGAAAAUUAAUGAUCUUUUGAAGAGAGAAAAUCAUGCUUGCGAAAGACAAAGAUGGGACGAUGCUAUUAGGCUAAGGGCUAUGAAAAAUGAAUUAGAGUUGAUUAGAGAGAAGCAAAUUUAUAACAUGAAGAGUCUUGUCAUGGAUGAAGACGUUAGGGAUAAGGCACUGAAAAAUAUCGAGAAGAGGGAAUUGGAACUUGCUUGUCGGGAAAACGCAUCCACCGAUACAUCUAUGUAUAGCGAUGGUGCAAAGGUACUUUGGGAGAAAUGGGUCAAAGAGGAUGACAAAUUUAUCAUUAAGGAUGCCUCAGCUCAAAGAGAAAUUUUGAUAAAACAACUGGAAGAGGAAUUUGAAAAUUUAGCUAUUGAAGACAAGGAACGAAUCGUUAAGAGUUAUCGAAAUGUUAAUACCGAUUCACAUGUGAAAAGUCGACGUCAUUUUAAUGCAGAUACGUUUGAAAUCCAAUCGGCAUCUAAUUCGUCCGAUAUGAAAUUCUAAAAAUCUUUGCUUUCAUAUAUUAUUAGUUUAGGCAUUUGUUGUCUCAUUUUGCUGUCUCAAUAUUAAUUAAUGGAAAAUAUAAUCUAAUUAAUUGCAAAUUAACCGAUCCAAGAAAGUUUAUAGUUCGAAUCUGAACGACGUCUUUGGAACUAACUAUGUAUUUUAUUGUCGUCUUUUAAUGUUUUUGUGUUUACAUAUUAUUUUUUCAUUGUAAGUUUAAAUUAUGAUCUCCCGUAAAUUUGGUUGGUAUGUGCCAAUUUGAUUUCGAUA